AGUCAACAGCCACAUUAUUAUUUCACUAUUUGUUUUGGCUCUAAACGUCGGUUAUAAAUUUAUAUUUAUUUUUUGUCUAUACUUAUAAUUAGUUUUACCUCCAAUUUAUGUUAUUAUAAAAGAUACAUCUAUAUUGUUACUAUUACACUCGUAAAAUGACUGAAGAACACUAUACAGAUGUCGAUAUAUCGGAUAUUAUAGAUGACACGGAAACCGAUCAAUUCCUCGACAGUCAUCCACAAAACACAGAAACUAGCGAUAUUCUGAAUAGUAUACAAGACUCUGAACUGCUAAACUCGGAAGAUCAAGAGCCUGAGAAAAAACCACAAAACAAAAGUGAGGUUAUACGCUCGACGAGGCUGCCUAUGGCUCGCGUAAAGAAUAUCAUGAAAAUGGAUCCUGAUGUCAGUAUCGUAUCAAGUGAUGCUGUAUUCUUAGUUACCAAAGCUACAGAAUUAUUCUUGGAGACAAUAGCCAAAGAGACAUAUUCCUACACAUCCACAAAUAAGAGAAAAUUAAUAUCGAAAAAGGAUCUAGAUUUAAUCAUCAACAAAGUAGACUGUUUAUGCUUCUUAGAGGGUGCUAUGGACUUUUAAAAUAUAUCCAGUGAAAUAUUACUUAAAGUGUGACAAAAGAUUAAAAGCAAAUUCAAAUAAAAUAGGUAAAUAUUCAAAUAAAUAAGAUACAAAAACAUUUUUGCAACAAUAGGUAUCUAAUGAAUGGUACCUACCAGAUGUUUCAGUUUGCUCUUAGACUCUCUGAAAUCGAUAUUUUAAUAUUGUUUUAUUAUGAACAAUUCUAAAAAUAUAAAUAUUGAAAGUU